CAGCCUCCGAAGCGGCGAAACUCUCACGGACCCCCACCCCGGGCGGCGCCCCUCGACGACGUCCCCGCCCCGAGCCCCUGCUGCCCAGUGCCCGCACUGAGAGGGCCUGGGGCUGAGGCCGGAGCUGACCGGCCCCAGCCCCGUGCCAGGCCACGAUGCUCAUGAGGAAAGUGCCCGUCUUCGUCCCGGCCUCCCCGUGGGGGCUGCGGCUGCCGCAGAAGUUCCUCUUCCUUCUCUUCCUCUCGGGCCUCAUCACCCUGUGCUUCGGAGCCCUCUUCCUGCUGCCCAACUCCUCUCGUCUCAAGCGCCUCUUCCUGGCCCCCCGGACCCAGCAGCCCGGCCUGGAGGUAGUGGCCGAAGUCGCCGGCCACCCCCUGGCCCGCGAGCAGGAGUCGCCUCCCAACCCGGCGCCCGCUGUGCCAGCCCCCGGUGAGGGCGACGCCAGCAGCCAAGCAAGUACCCGCCGCCGGAAAGUGUGGCUGCGGCGCACGCACCCCACCGGGACACGGGAAAUGGCCACGGUGGCCCGGAGCAGCGGCAGCACGGCCCUCAGACCCCAGGAGGGGGGCAUCCCGUUUAGCUUUGACUUCAACGCGUUCCGGAGCCGCCUCCGCCACCCGGUCCUGGGGACCAGGGCAGAUGAGAGUAAGGAGCCCCAGAGCCUAGUUCGAGCCCAGCGGGAGAAAAUCAAGGAGAUGAUGCAGUUCGCCUGGCGGAGCUACAAGCUUUAUGCAAUGGGGAAAAAUGAGCUCCGGCCACUCACAAAAGACGGCUAUGAGGGCAGCAUGUUUGGAGGUCUCAGUGGGGCAACCAUCAUUGACUCCCUUGACACCCUCUACCUCAUGGAGCUGCAGGAGGAGUUCCAGGAGGCCAAGACCUGGGUUGAAGAGAACUUCCACCUGAACGUGAGUGGAGAAGCAUCCUUGUUUGAGGUGAACAUCCGGUACAUCGGAGGACUCCUCUCAGCCUUCUACCUGACGGGAGAAGAGGUGUUCCGAGUAAAGGCCAUCAAGCUGGGAGAGAAGCUUCUGCCGGCCUUCAACACCCCCACGGGAAUCCCAAAAGGUGUUGUGAACUUCAAAAGUGGCUCCAACAGGAGCUGGGGUUGGGCCAUGGCUGGGAGCAGCAGCAUCCUGGCUGAAUUUGGAUCCCUGCACCUGGAGUUCUUACACCUCACCGAGCUCUCUGGCAACCAGGUCUUCGCAGAAAAGGCAAGUGUUCUCCCUGCUCCCCCCACCUCCGAAUGGUGGAAAGUGAAGGUGCUUCUGGUGUCCGUUUCUUGGCAGGUCAGGAACAUCCGAAAAGUCCUCAGGAAGAUCAACAAGCCCUUCGGCCUCUACCCCAACUUCCUCAGCCCAGUGAGCGGGAACUGGAUGCAACACCACGUCUCGGUUGGAGGCCUCGGGGACAGUUUUUAUGAAUAUUUGAUCAAAUCCUGGUUGAUGUCGGCCAAGACAGAUGUGGAGGCUAAAGAUAUGUACUACGAAGCCUUGGAGGCAAUAGAGACCUACUUGCUGAAUGUCUCUCCUGGGGGGCUGACCUACAUUGCCGAGUGGCGAGGGGGGAUUCUGGACCACAAGAUGGGGCACCUGGCCUGUUUCUCUGGGGGCAUGAUCGCCCUCGGCGCUGAGGAUGCCAAGGAAGAAAAGAGGGCCCACUACCGAGAGCUCGCAGCCCAGAUCACCAAGACGUGCCACGAAUCAUACGCCCGCUCAGAUACCAAACUGGGGCCCGAGGCCUUCUGGUUUAACUCCGGCAGAGAGGCCGUGGCCACACAGCUGAGCGAGAGCUACUACAUCCUGCGGCCCGAGGUGGUGGAGAGUUACAUGUACUUGUGGCGACAGACCCACGACCCCGUGUACAGGGAGUGGGGCUGGGAGGUGGUGACGGCCUUGGAGAAAUACUGUCGAACAGAAGCUGGUUUCUCCGGAAUCCAAGAUGUGUACAGUAGCAUCCCCAACCACGACAACAAGCAGCAGACUUUCUUUCUAGCGGAGACACUAAAGUAUCUCUAUCUUCUGUUCUCUGAAGAUGACAUGCUCUCCCUGGAAGACUGGGUGUUCAACACAGAGGCCCACCCCCUCCCGGUGAACCACUCGGACGGCUCCAGCAGGGCUGGGGGCCGACUCUGACCUGUCUCCCUGCCGCGCCCGGGACCCCGGAGGGGUGCCUUGCCUUUUCAGGAUUUGGGACUGUUCUCAAAGGGAUUGGGAACGUAGGACCCAUUCCAGGCAGACCCAGGGCAGAUGUGUCGGACAAGCAACUUCUUUUCCUCUGUGAGGAGACAGGACUUGGAGACGCAGCGAUGUCACCCCAGGCCCGGACUUUCCUUUCUGUGGAGAAUUUCUAUGAAACUCACUCACUUGCCAUUCCAGGGCCCAGUGAAUGGAGGUUUGCAUAUUGUCUCCAUGCCUUUGAUUCACUUCCUCUCAUUUGGGGAGUUUUCUGUUCCUUUGUUUUGCUUGAUUUUGCCUUUUCUCUGCAGUUGUGUUUUAUCACAAAUUAUAAAUAUAGUUUCAAAAUCAUGUGCUUUCGAAAGCAGCAUCAUCUUGAUAAACUAAACCUUAAAAUGUUUGCACACAGAAACCUUGACCCCAUUUUCUAUAUUUUAAAUGCCUUUUGCCCAACAUUUACUAUACGUUCAACUACGUGGCAUUUACCUUAUACUUUGAGGAGGCGUUCCCUUUUGAUUUGGGCCUAAGUGUUAACGAAUCACUAGUGCCAUUUUCAUUAUUGUAAUGGAAAAAUCUGUAAGCCUACAAUAAAACAGUUUAUUGAAUAAGAAA